AUGACGGAUGACGACCCCGCCGCACACCGCUCGGCUCCCCCGCCUAACGGGUUCGCUUCUUGGCGGAUUGACAAGGAGAAGCGGGGGAGGUCUACGCGCAUGCGCACGCGGCACUCUCUGCCCGCGCGGCGGCCGCCGCCGCCCAAGGACCAGCAGGAGCGGGCCCGGGCGUUGCCUCUGGGGGCGCUGUACACCGCGGCGGUCGUGGCUUUCGUGCUCUAUAAGUGUUUGCAGCAGGAGAAAAAGGAGGCUCCUGUUCUCCAAGAAGAAGCAGGCAAGAAGGAAUCAUUGCAGUCAGAGCAACAGCUGGCCCAGUUGACACAACAGCUGGCCCAGACGGAACAACACCUGAACAAUCUGAUGGCCCAGCUGGACCCCCUUUUUGAGCGGGUGACUACCCUGGCUGGAGCACAGCAGGAGCUUCUGAACAUGAAGUUACACACCAUCCACCAGCUGCUACAAAAGAACAAGCCCAGCAAGGAUGUGGAGGUUCCAGAACCAGAGGCGAGCAUGCCCUUUCCUGAGGACUCAUGCAUGAAGGAGGAGGAGGAGGACGCUGGUGACAGUCAGUCUUGGGAAGAGCCCCUACACUGGAGCACAGAGACAAGGAACCUAGCUACUCCGUGGGGAGUGGAGCAGGGGCUAAGGAGAAGAUGCAGCAAGGCUGUGGCAAAGGGCCCCAGUCCCAGCCCCCUCUGGGAAGGAGGGACGACAGCUGAAGGCUUAGUAAAACCAAGUCUGUUCUUGUGAUUGGA